AUGAGGCCCAUCUCGCUUGCUGUGGCAUCUUUGUUGCUUCAGCCCGGCAGCAGUGUGACGAUAUUCAAUGGCAGCGACACCGCGCCUGUCGCGACUACGAGAAAUGGGACCUACCAAGGGCGUUAUCUCCCUACUUACGACCAAGAUGUCUUCCUCGGUCUGCCCUAUGCGCAACCUCCCCUGGGAGACUUGCGCUUCAGGUGGCCACGCAGCCUGAAUAGCUCCUUCGACGGAGUCCGAGAUGCAUCCAAUUAUGGGUACAGCUGCAUGCAGUACCGCUCGACCUUCAACCUUUCCGAAGACUGUCUCAGCUUGAACGUCAUCCGCCCAGCCGGCAACCAUACCAACUUACCAGUCCUGGUUUGGAUUUAUGGGGGUGGUCUCUACGCGGGCUCGACGGCAGACCCCCAGUACAACCUAAGCGGCAUCGUUAGAGUCAGCCAGGAUAUGGGACAGCCCAUGAUCGCCGUAGACAUGAACUACCGUCUUGGGAUGUGGGGAUUUCUGCAGACACCCGCGCUUGUGGCUGAGGGCUCGAGCAAUGCAGGCUUGAUCGACCAAAGGCUGGCAUUACAGUGGAUCCAGGAGAACAUCGCCGCCUUUGGAGGUGACCCCGAGCGCGUGGUCGUUUGGGGCGAGAGCGCUGGGGCUCAAAGCAUCGCAUACCACUUGCUUAGUUACGACGGUCGUGACGAUGGAUUAUACCGCGGUGCCAUACUUGAAAGCGGCGGUCCAACAGGAUGUCAAGUGCAGGACCUAGCUUACUACUCUGUUCCUGUGGAAAACCUCACACGAACCGUCGGUUGCUACACCGCGAGUGACCAACUUGCGUGCCUGCGUGGACUUGACCAGGACAAGCUAUUCGCCGCCUCGCCCGCACAGGUCUGGAACCCUCUCAUCGAUGGGAACUUCCUCACUGGCUACCCAAGCACCCUUAUCCGCGACGGGAAGUACAACGCCAUCCCCCUCCUGACUGGCACGAACACCGAUGAAGGCGCCUCCUUUGGUCCAGCGGGGCCCAACACUGAGACUGAUCUCUUCAAUGCAUUCUUAUGGUGGCGCAGCUAUGCGCUAUCACCCCCAACCAUUCGGAAGUUCCUGGAGCUAUAUCCCGACGACCCUUGCGUCGAGCCGCCACUCUACAUCAACAACUGUUCCGUGUUCCCGUCGAAAGGCCUAGCUUGGCGCCGUGGCGCCGCUAUAGGUGGUGACAUGGUUAUGCAUUCCGGCCGCCGCAAGAUGUGCGAGGUGUUCGCCGGAACAGCAGGGCAGGACGUCUAUUCGUACAGGUUUGACACGCGCCUGUGGAACAAGACGGAACUCGCCGGGAUCCAGCAUUUUGAUAACGUCGCCUUCAGCUUUCAGAACAUCACCGGGCUUCUCGGCCCAAGCCCGGCAUUCGACAACGACUUGAGAAUUGCACGGUCUGUCGCUGUGGCUUAUGUUAGCUUUGUACAUAACCUUGAUCCGAAUCCGCCCAGUGCGUGGGAAGUGGGAGAAAACGUGGAUCUGCUGCCCCUACCCGCAUGGCCGAAGUACAGCAUUGAGGACCCGACAAAUAUGGUCCUGAAUGCCACGGCUGGCCCUUGGGUUGAAGCGGAUACAUGGAGGAAAGAGGGCAUUGCCUACAUGAACACGUACGAUGUCGCAAGGGAGUUGCUGGCAUAG